AUGAUUGGCAAGCCUAAUUUAAAUUCAGAAUAUAAGCCUAAAAGAAAAGAGUUAGAAAUUCUUUAUGCUUGCCCUUUUUGUCCGCCAAAUACUCGACUUAACUUUCCGGAUUUCCUAAUGGAACAUAAUUUUGAUUGGAGUGCUAUAAAAAAUGAUGAGGGUAAAAUUAUAAGAAUAACUCGUUCUUUUUGGCAAUGUAAACAAAGCAAGGAUGAAUUGGCUCGCAAAGAUAUCGGUAUUGUUCGCUAUAAUGAUGGUGCUUUUGCUGAAAAAAUGACGCGGGAAGUUGGAAGAAGAAAUGUUUGGUUGAGGGAGGAUGAAGCAAAAAUACAGCAAUUAAUAGGUAAAGCGACCGAGGAUAAUAAUCAUCAAAAGCAAAUAUUAUCUUUUUUAUUCGCUAAAUUGGCCGAAGUUAAAGAAUUAGAAACUAUUGAACGAUUGAAAAAUUAUCCUAAAUUUUUAAAUGCUUACCUU